CGAUCGUUGGUGCACUAUCUCGAACGACAUCGCCAGAGUUUCCUCAGGAUGCUAAAGCAGUUUAUCAUUUUUGCGAGUUUGAUUUUCCUGAGUUACGCUUGUUUAAUUACUAAUUGUCCACGUGGUGGAAAAAGGGGUGAUAUCGCGGCUUCUUCGAGAACUGUUACACGAGAAUGUCGGUCAUGUGGCCCCAACCUCAUGGGUCAAUGCUUUGGACCUCGCAUCUGCUGUGGUCCUAGUAUAGGUUGCUUUAUAGGAACACCUGAAACAUAUCGUUGUAAAAAGGAAAACCUACACUCUAGACCCUGCAUCGCUGGAUACGCUAUGUGUCGUGGAAAUACAGCGCGAUGUGCCUCGAACGGUAUUUGCUGCUCACAAGAAUCCUGCUAUAUAGAUACAUCGUGCAAAAUUUUUGAUGUUGCCAAUGAUCGCAAAGUCGAUACUGAUUUAUAUAUGAUACUCCCAGGCAGUGAAGACUCUACUGAAAUACUUGUACAAUAAUGUAAAAUCUCAUAGUUUUCGCUUAUCACUUUGAUGUUUCAACUCAUAUAAAAAUAUAAUUAUAUUAUGCUAACAAUAUGACACAAAU